UACGGCCGUUUCCUGUGACCUUUGUUUCUCUGUCUCCCUGCAGACAAACUGAGCUCGAUUCCGAUUGGUUGUCUCCGUCUCCCUGCAGACAUCAUGCACGAGCUGCCGGUGACUGAGACAGUUGCUCUGACGAACGGGAGUUCGGUGGUGUGCGAGCCUCCGUAUGAAGACGGCCGCCUGCCGCUGGUGCUGCUGUACAGCGUCGUGCUGGUUGUCGGACUGCCCGCUAACCUGCUGACCGUCUACCUCACCUGGCUGCAGGCACGCAGGAAGAACGUUCUGGGCGUUUACCUGUGGAGCCUGUCGCUGUGUGACCUCACCUACCUGUUCACGCUGCCUCUGUGGGCGCUGUACGUCAGCCGAGGUCACCUGUGGCCGUGGAGUUCAGCCGUCUGUAAGCUAACGGGCUACAUCUUCUUCAACAACAUGUACAUCAGCAUCUUCCUGCUCUGCUGCAUCUCCUGUGACCGCUACGUGGCUGUGGUCUACAGCAUUGAGUCCCGCGGUCUGCGGCGGCAGCGCCUCGCGGUCCUCAUUACCCUCGCCAUUGUCCUGCUGGUUGCCGUCGGUCACAUCCCCGUCUUCACCAUGAGGGAGGGGGACGCCGCUGAGGGCAACGGACGCUGCUUCGAGCCAAGUCAGAGCAACGCCACGGUGAUGGGCUUCAACUACGGCCGCUUCGCGGUCGGCUUCCUGAUCCCACUGCUGCUGCUGGUGGUGACGAACCGUGGCAUCCUGGUCAAUGUGCAGCGCAGCACGGGGCUGCGGCGGGAGCAGAAGGAUCGCGUCCGCUGGCUGGCGGUGGCGGUGGUGGUCCUGUUCCUGGUCUGCUUUGCCCCAUACCACCUGCUCCUGCUGGUUAGGGCCGUCAUGUUCCACUUCCCCCCGCUGGAGGACAGCACCUGUCUCUUCGAGAAGACCAUGUACACCCCCUACACCAUCUCCCUCGGCCUGUCGACCGUCAACAGCGCCGUCAACCCCAUCCUCUACGUCCUGUCCAGUGACAACAUCCGCAAAGAGCUGAGCCGAGGCCUUGUGCAGGUCUGCGAUCGAACACACCUGAGACCACGAUCUGACAGCAGCCAGAACAAGAUCCAGCCCAUCAAAAACUCCACAGAGCUGAACGCGGUGAACGUGACCGAGAAACCACAAGGAGGAAAACCACCGGGUACCUGACAGACCGACCUCUGAGGACUCUACAUUGCUUUGCUGUCUCUGAGGGGUUCUGCUGGUUCCUGCUGAUCUCUUCAGGACUUUGCUGGACUCUAGUGGUCUUUAACGGACUCAGAUUUAGAUGAUUUCUCUGUUCUUAUAGUCUAAACAGUCAUGGAUCUACACAUGUACAGUUCGUCCUGAGGGUGGCACUAGAAGAAAAAUCAUGGCGUCACUAAAACUGACAGGAUUGAUCCUCUGGAGCACAGGAAGGAGACCAGGACCAGGAAUUUUAAAAAAAACAAACUUAACCCACUGUUGUGUUUGUCGUCGUUUCUGAGAUGUUUUCUCACAAUAAGCAAACAGAAAUAAAACAAUUCCAUUGCUCAUUAAAAUUAUUAUUAAUAGAUCACAAAAGACGCCUGGUGUAUGCCUGACAUUCAUUUCUCACAGUACAGACCAUCGACAGCUGGUCAGGGUUAUAUCCAGCUGGGGUAGAUCACCAUGGUAACAGAGGCUGCAGGUCAACAGCCCGAGUACUGACCAAUCAGAUCACCGGAAUCACUGAGACAUCAUUCCUACAAGAUCCUGACAGCGACGAAAAAGUUUACAAUAAAGUGACACUUAAUAAAGAGCAGUAGAUAUUUGGAUAGGUCAGUAGAAUCAUUGUCAUGUCAGAGAGAGCAGUCGUGUGGACGGAGACAGUCUUCCUUCAGUCCAACAUAUGGACACAUU